AUUCUCUUGUGGACAUGGUCGCUCUCAGGAUUCUCUGACUGUACGCACCGCACAUGGCUGGCAUGGCGUAUGGAAUACUCUUUCAGUCCACGAGCCACAAAUGCAACAAAUUGGCAUACAUGGCUGGAUAGCACUGUGUGAUUGUGUGUGAUUUGUUUCAUAUUUAAAUAUUUAAAUAUGAUCAGAAUUUCGCAAUUAUCACAAACUUUCAUGAAAAUAAACAAUGUUAAAGCAAAAAAUAUUAGGAUAAAGCAAUAUAAUAACUUGAUUUUAAUUAAGAUGUUAUGUUCAUCAAACUAUUUAGAUAAGAAAAAAUCAGAUCUUUAUCGACAGUUGUAUGCAAAAAUAUUGGCGUGUGGUCCCAUAACACUUGCUGAAUAUAUGAAAGCAGUUUUGACUCAUCCCACCGUUGGAUAUUACAUGACAAAAGAUGUUUUUGGACAUAGAGGUGAUUUCAUCACUUCUCCAGAAAUUAGUCAACUUUUUGGCGAGAUGUUAGCAAUCUGGAUAAUUAAUGAGUGGAGGAAAAUUAGCAAAGAUUCUAUUCAGCUCGUAGAACUAGGUCCUGGAAGAGGUACUUUAACUAAUGAUAUCUUACGGGUAUUUAAGAAGCUGAAUCUUUUAGAUAAAAUAUCAGUUCAUUUAAUUGAAAUUAGUCCUAUUUUAUCUACAAUUCAAGCAGAGAAAUUAUGCAUAAAAAGCAGAAACUGUGAAUCAGAUAUUAGUGAAGACAAAACUGGUUCUAUUAUGCAUUAUAAAGAAGGUGUUACAAAAGAGGGAUUAAAGAUAUAUUGGUAUUAUUCCAUCAAAGAUGUCCCGAAAAAGUUCAGUGUAUUUAUUGCACAUGAGUUUUUUGAUGCUUUACCAAUACAUAAAUUCCAGAAAACUGACAAAGGUUGGAGCGAAGUUUUAAUAGAUAUAAUACAGGGAUCGAAAGAAGAAAAAUUUCAAUACGUACUUUCUCAAAUACCGACACCUGCUUGUAAAACAUAUUUAUCUCCAAGUGAAGAAAGGGAUCACGUAGAAAUAAGUCCAGAGUGUCUCGUAACAAUAGACUACAUGUCACAGUUUUUAUGGGAAUGUGGAGGAUUUGCUCUUGUGAUUGAUUAUGGCCAUGAAAGAGAAAAAACUGAUACAUUUCGCGCAUUUCGCCAACACAAAUUACAUGAUCCUUUGUUAGAUCCUGGUACUGCAGAUUUAACUGCUGAUGUUGACUUUCUGUCAAUGAAAGAGAUAGCAGAGAAAGAUAAUAGAUCAAUUGUAUUUGGUCCAAUAACACAAAGAGAGUUUUUAAAAUGUCUUGGCAUUGACUUACGAUUGAAAAUGAUCUUACAAAAUGCUUCUGUUAUUCAGAAACAACAAAUUAAAUCAGGAUAUCAUAUGAUAAUUGACGAGGAUAAAAUGGGAAAUUGUUUCAAAGUGUUAGUCUUUUUUCCUUCUAUCCUAAAGAAUUAUUUAACAAAAUGGCCAGUAGCAGGAUUUACGAACGAAGUUAAAUCUUGAAUUGGCAAUAAUAAGAAAAUUGAUGUAAAAAUAUUACACUUUUAUAGUUAUUAAAUAUAAAAUUAAUAUAUAUAAAAUAUA